AUGGCUGCCGGGCUACUAGCGGUUGCCGCUGCCGCGGUGACGCUGGCGGCGGCGGCGCUGCCAGUGCUCGCAGACAAGGACUGCUUCGAGACCUGCUUCAAGCACUGCGUCGCCAACGACAAGUCCAUGACCGACUACUGCAACUACGCCUGCGGCAUGACCUGCGGGCCCAACGGCGCGCUCCGCCGCCCCCUGGCGGGCGCCGCCAUCGCCGGCCUCCCCAUAAACUGCCAGCUCGCCUGCGUCAGGGAGUCCUGCCGCCGUCUCCAAGCAGAUGGCAAGGACAUGGAGGCCUGCUACGGGCAGUGCUACCACGGCUGCAAGACCAAGGCCGGCCUGCCGAGGCCUCUCGGCGCCGGCACUGUCUGGCCGGCGGCGUUGCCCGACCACCCCUUCCACAAGAUGCAGGACGCAGUCCAGCCAACGUCGGAGCCGGACCCUGACGACGUCAGCCGUCAAGCACGGGGAGCCCUCCUCCCCUGA